CUGAAAUUAAGCCACCUAUGUUCAGGGCAGAGUGGAAGACGCAGGAGAGAACUGGACUGAAAGAGGGAGGCGGAGUAGGAAGGUUAGACUGAUUAACUGAACUGACUGCUGUCAGACUGCACUGCAACCAUGGGAGUGACAAAAAUGAAAGAUGACUACAAACUGGCAGCAACCGCAGACCACGAGGAGAAGAGGAGCAAGAAGGGCAGAAAAAAUAGGGAUACGGAGGACCUGAAAAAAGAAGUUGACCUGGAUGAUCACAAAUUAAGCGUGGACGAGAUUCACAGAAAAUAUGGAACCGACCUAGUCAUGGGUCUCUCCUCCUCCAGAGCAAAAGAGAUCCUGGCCCGAGAUGGCCCCAACGCCCUCACACCUCCUCCCACAACACCCGAAUGGGUCAAGUUCUGCAAACAGCUGUUUGGUGGUUUCUGCAUGCUGCUGUGGAUUGGUGCCUUCCUCUGCUUUGUGGCUUAUAGUAUCCAGGCUGCCUCAGAAGAUGAACCCGCAAGUGAUAACUUGUACCUAGGUAUCGUCCUUUCUGUUGUGGUCAUGAUCACGGCUUGCUUCUCCUACUACCAAGAGGCCAAGAGCUCCAGGAUUAUGGAUUCCUUUAAGAACAUGGUCCCACAGCAAGCCCUGGUUAUCCGUGACGGAGAGAAGAAAAGCAUCAACACCGAGGAGGUGGUGCUUGGAGAUUUAGUGGAGGUGAAAGGCGGAGACAGGAUCCCUGCUGAUCUGAGAAUCAUAUCUGCUCACGGCUGCAAGGUGGACAACUCCUCCCUGACUGGUGAAUCAGAGCCCCAGACUCGUUCUCCAGAAUUUUCCAAUGAAAACCCACUGGAAACCAGGAACAUUGCUUUCUUCUCCACCAACUGUGUAGAAGGCACAGCCAGAGGAAUCGUCAUCAACACUGGAGAUAAUACUAUCAUGGGCCGUAUUGCCACCCUGGCUUCCAGUCUUGAAGCUGGAAAAACUCCCAUUGCCAUUGAGAUCGAACAUUUUAUCCACAUCAUCACUGGAGUGGCCGUGUUCUUGGGUGUAACUUUCUUCAUCCUCUCCGUCAUCCUUGGAUAUAACUGGCUGGAGGGUAUUAUCUUCCUCAUUGGUAUCAUCGUCGCCAACGUGCCAGAAGGUCUCUUGGCUACUGUCACUGUGUGUCUGACUCUGACUGCUAAGCGUAUGGCCAAGAAGAACUGCCUGGUGAAGAACUUGGAAGCUGUCGAGACUCUGGGGUCCACCUCCACCAUCUGUUCUGACAAGACUGGCACCCUGACCCAGAACAGAAUGACCGUGGCUCACAUGUGGUUUGACAACCAGAUCCAUGAGGCAGACACCACUGAGAACCAGAGCGGUACCUCUUUUGACAGGAGCUCUGCCACCUGGGCCAAUCUGGCCAGAAUCGCCGGACUCUGCAACCGUGCCGUCUUCCUGGCUGAACAGAACAAAGUUCCUGUUUUGAAGAGACAUGUGGCUGGUGAUGCAUCAGAAGCUGCCUUGCUGAAGUGUAUCGAGCUGUGCUGUGGAUCUGUUAGUGACAUGAGAGAAAAAUACCCCAAAAUUGCUGAGAUCCCCUUUAAUUCCACAAACAAAUACCAGCUCUCCAUCCAUAAAAACAACACCCCUGGCGAAACCAAGCAUUUGCUGGUGAUGAAAGGAGCUCCAGAGAGGAUUUUGGACCGCUGCUCCACCAUUGUGAUCCAGGGCAAAGAGCAGCCUCUGGACGCUCAGCUGAAAGAUUCUUUUAAUAGUGCCUAUCUUGAGUUGGGAGGCCUUGGAGAGAGAGUUUUGGGUUUCUGCCACUAUAACCUCUCUGAUGACCAGUUCCCAGAAGGCUUUGCUUUUGAUGCUGAUGAUGUGAACUUUCCCACUGAAAACCUGUGCUUUAUUGGCCUCAUGUCCAUGAUUGACCCUCCUCGUGCUGCUGUGCCCGAUGCUGUGAGUAAAUGCAGGAGUGCUGGAAUCAAGGUCAUCAUGGUCACAGGUGACCAUCCAAUUACAGCCAAGGCUAUUGCUAGAGGUGUGGGUAUCAUCUCCGAAGGCAAUGAGACUGUUGAAGACAUUGCUGCCCGCUUAAAUAUUCCAGUUUCAGAGGUCAACCCUAGGGAAGCUAAGGCCUGCGUCGUCCAUGGUAGUGAGCUGAAAGAAAUGACCCCAGAGCAGCUUGAUGAUGUGCUGAAGCACCACACUGAAAUUGUAUUUGCCAGGACCUCCCCUCAGCAGAAACUGAUCAUCGUGGAAGGAUGCCAGAGACAGGGAGCCAUUGUGGCCGUGACAGGUGAUGGUGUGAACGACUCUCCAGCUCUGAAGAAAGCUGACAUCGGUGUUGCUAUGGGCAUUGCUGGAUCUGAUGUCUCCAAGCAGGCUGCUGACAUGAUCCUGCUAGACGAUAACUUUGCCUCCAUUUUAACUGGAGUGGAAGAAGGCCGUCUGAUCUUUGAUAACUUGAAGAAGUCUAUCGCCUACACUCUGACCAGUAAAAUCCCCGAGAUGUCGCCAUUCCUCUUCUUCGUGCUUUUUGACAUCCCUCUUGCCCUGGGAACUGUCACCAUCCUCUGUAUUGACCUGGGAACUGACAUGGUCCCUGCCAUCUCCCUGGCCUAUGAACAGGCUGAAAGUGACAUCAUGAAGAGGCAGCCUAGAAAUGCCCAAACAGACAAGCUGGUGAAUGAGAGACUCAUCAGUAUGGCCUAUGGGCAAAUUGGUAUGAUGCAGGCCUUAGGUGGCUUUUUCACUUAUUUUGUCAUCCUGUCUGAAAAUGGAUUCCUCCCCAAAGAUCUGGUGGGAAUCAGAGUGUUCUGGGAUAACAGAUAUCUAAAUGACCUGGAAGACAGCUAUGGACAGGAGUGGACGUACGAGCGCAGAAAGAUCGUCGAGUUUACCUGCCACACAGCUUUCUUCACAAGUAUUGUGAUCGUCCAGGUGGCCGAUCUGCUCAUCUGUAAAACCAGGACCAACUCCAUUGUGAAACAAGGAAUGAAGAACUACGUUCUCAUCUUUGGCAUCUUUGAGGAGAUGGCUCUGGCUGCCUUCCUGUCAUACUGCCCAGGCAUGGACAUUGCCAUCAGAAUGUACCCUAUGAAGCCAAUGUGGUGGUUCUGUUCCGUUCCCUACUCCUUCCUCAUUUUCAUCUAUGAUGAAGUCAGAAAAUAUAUCCUCAGACGCACCCCAGGAGGUUGGGUGGAGCUAGAGACAUACUACUGAGCCAACAUGACAUAGGCUUGGAGGAUGUGCGUUUUUCAUUACCAUCUUAUGCAAUCUUACAUUAUUAAUAUAAAUAUAUAUUUAUCAGUGUGUGUCACAAUAAAGAAUGUCUGUUGUACACUGA